CUGCGCCAGUCGACGGCUCUGUCCCCACGUGGCGUCCGUGACCCCUCGUACCUGACGCCUCACCGCCGCUCAGUUCCCUAACUGCCCCCGCCCGGACCCCCGGACGCCUGCGGCCCCGCCGGGCGGUCUCCCCCUGCGUGGCCGCGGUCCACGCUGCCAUGUGUCCGUUUCGCUUAGUCUGUACCACCGGCUCCAGGAAGGAACCUCCUUCGUCUCGGACCACACCCACGUGCCUUGCGCUCCCGUGUGUGUGUGUGUGUGUGUGCGUGCGUGUGUGCGUGUGUGUGUGUGUGCGCGCGCACAGCUGAUACAAUUGUCCAGACCUCAGGAAUAACCUCCUUUUCCCGGAUCCAUGCGGCCCCUUUGCGGUCUCUACAUCUUAGGCUGGUCUCGUCCCUGUUGCACGAGUGAAUGAUUCAUUUUACUCUGUCCUCCCAGCACCGAUGAGGAGACUCAGUCCGGCCGCCCAGCCCUGUCUGUCCUCGCAGGGGGAGGACGAUGGAGACAACCUCAUCCCCUUUGCCAAGUGCUCCCGGGUGGUCAGUCGGCCCACACCAACCCGCCUGCCUCCCCAGAGCCUCACGCUGGUGCCCCAGCGGUAUGGAGACAUCUUCUGGGAGAGCCUGAGCCAAAGGCGCAGCCCCACCUGGACGGAAGAACAGAACAUCCCUUCCAUGCUGAGGGCCAUUGGUUGCUCCCAGCCUGGCCUGUACCCCCUUGAGGGGCUCCCAGCCCCUGAGGUGCUUUGCAGAAGAAAGAGGAGGAGGCCACAUUUGGCGGGAAUGCAGAAGGGACCUUCUGGUGUCCCAGCCCAGGUGAGGGCUGUCACUUAUCACCUAGAGGAUCUAAGGAGGCGACAGAGAAUCAUCAAUGAGCUGAAGAAGGCCCAGUGGAGUGACCCGGGGGCCACAUCUGAGCCCCUGGCACAUGCCUCUGCGGGCUGUGGAGUCCCCAGCGCCACCGACUAUCCGGGUCUGGAAGAGGCGAGGGCCGCCUAUCCACAGGAGGAGGGCCGCCCUGUCACCACUGGCCGGACCCAGCUGCUCUGGUCCCCCUGGAGCCCCCUGGGCCAGAGGUCUGGGCUCCCCAGACGACUGGGCUCUCUGGCCUCCUACAGCGCUGUCCCAGCAGACAGGAACCGCCGCCACUCCUCCUGGCGCACGGAGAUGCAAUCUGAGGAACUUUCCCAGCUGCCUCCCUGCGCUGGGCACUAGGUGCUAACAGCUCCCUUGAACGCCCGUGUCAAGCCACCCCCCACAGGGCUCCCUACACCUGUCGCCCCCGGCCAACCGGCUGGCACUGUGUUCUUUGCUCUGCUCGGGUAUUAAAAAGCAAGCGUGUUGA